AGCCCAAAGGCGAAGUUCGCCGGGAGCAGCAGGAGGCCAUGGCGGGAUAGCGAAUGACGUGGAAAGUUGCAGGAGUGAGCAACAAAGUUCGGGACAACAAACGCGUCGACAGUUCGGUGUCCGGUUGUGCGAAAGCCCCCACCCACGAUGAGUCUGGACAAAGCGGAGCUGUGCGACUCGCUGCUAACCUGGUUACAGACGUUUCAGGUGCCAUCAUGCAACAGCAAAUAUGAGCUAACGAGUGGAGUGGCCAUCGCACAUGUGCUGCACAAAAUAGACCCCUCUUGGUUUAAUGAGUCAUGGCUGGCCCGGAUCAAGGAUGAGAGCGGGGCCAACUGGCGUCUCAAGGUCAGCAACUUGAAAAAGAUUCUGAAGAGCAUGCUGGAAUAUUGCCAUGAUGUUCUUGGUCAUCAGGUGUCAGAUGAGCACCUGCCAGAUGUGAACCUCAUUGGAGAAAUGGGAGAUGUCACUGAAAUGGGCAAACUGGUGCAGCUUGUGCUGGGCUGUGCCGUGAGCUGUGAGAAGAAACAAGAGCAAAUCCAGCAGAUAAUGACACUUGAGGAAUCUGUCCAGCAUGUUGUGAUGACAGCCAUUCAGGAGCUCUUAUCUAAAGAGGCUCCAUCUGAACCAGGAAGCCCAGAGACGUACGGGGACUUCGACUACCAGUCCAGAAAGUAUUAUUUUCUGAGUGAGGAGCCGGACGAGAAGGCAGACCUACUCCACCGCUGCAGAGACCUGGAACAUCAGCUGUCGAUGGUUCUAGAGGAGAAGUCGUCUCUUCAAGCAGAAACACGUGCUCUGAAGGAGAAGCUGGGCCGCCGAGACUCUCUGGACGCGUCCACUGUCACCAGCAAGAAGCUGCUGCUCAUGCAGAGUCAGCUGGAGCAGCUACAGGAGGAGAACUACAGGCUGGACACCAGCAGAGAUGACCUGCGUGUGCGAGGAGAGAUCCUGGAGCGUGAAGUGUCCAACCUUCAGCAGCGCAACGAUGAGCUGACCAGCCUGGCCCAGGAGGCGCAGAACCUGAAGGACGAGAUGGACGUUCUCAGGCAUUCAUCUGACCGGGUCAACCAGCUUGAGGCGCUGGUGGAGACGUAUAAAAGGAAGCUGGAGGAUCUGGGAGACCUGCGCAGACAGGUGCGCCUCCUGGAGGAGCGCAACAACGUGUACAUGCAGCGCACCUGUGAGCUGGAGGAGGAGCUGCGCCGGGCCAACGGCGUGCGCAGCCAGCUGGACACCUACAAGAGACAGGCUCAUGAGCUUCACACCAAGCACUCAGCAGAGGCCAUGAAAGCCGAGAAGUGGCAGUUUGAGUACAGGAACCUUCACGACAAGUAUGAAGCACUGCUGAAGGAGAAAGAACAUCUGAUCUCAGAGAGAGACACGCUGCGGGAGACGAAUGACGAGCUCAGGUGUGCUCAGGUCCAGCAGAGGUGUCUCAGUGGUGCAGGAGGCUUGUGUGACAGCGGCGUGGCAGUAGGAAACCUCGCUGCAGAGAUCAUGCCUGCUGAGCUCAGGGAGACCAUGGUGCGGCUGCAGAGUGAAAACAAGAUGCUGUGCGUCCAGGAGGAGGCCUACAGGCAGAAGCUGAUGGAGGCACAGGCUGAGCUGGAGGAGGCUCAGAGGAGCAAGAACGGCCUGGAAACUCAGAACCGGCUGAGCCUGCAGCAGAUCUCCGAGCUGCGCUCUCAGGUGGAGGAGCUGCAGAGAGCUCUUCAGGAGCAGGACAGCAAGGCUGAGGAUGCCAUCUCGUCUUUACUGAAGAAGAAGCUCGAGGAGCAUCUAGAGAAACUCCAUGAAGCUCACUCUGAUCUGCAAAAGAAGAAGGAGGUCAUCGAUGAUUUGGAGCCUAAAGUGGACAGCAACAUGGCCAAGAAGAUCGAUGAACUGCAAGAGAUCCUGCGGAAAAAAGAUGAAGACAUGAGGCAGAUGGAGGAGCGGUACAAGCGCUACAUGGAGAAGGCGAGAACGGUGGUCAAAACCCUGAAUCCCAGUCAGCAGCCAGCGACUGUGACUCCUGACGUUCAGGCUCUGAAGAACCAGCUGACGGAGAAGGAGAGGAGGAUCCAGCACCUGGAGCGGGACUAUGAGAAGAGCAGAGCCCGAUACGAGCGGGAGGAGAAGCUGAUCAUCAGCGCCUGGCACAACAUGGGCAUGGCUUUGCAUCAGAAGGUGUCCGGGGAGCGUCUAGCUCCCUCCAACCAGGCCAUGUCCUUCCUGGCCCAGCAGAGACAGUCCACCAACGCCAAGAGAGGCCUGACGCGCCUCCAGCCCAGAUGAAGCGUCCUGCUGCUGCCCCCUGCAGGCGCCCCGUGGUACAACAGGCGUCUGUUUGUGUGACAGGACUGGAGUAGUUUCACCUUAUGAGGUGACUUUAUGCCCUGUUUUUAGCCAUGUUUUCAAGUUUUAUGUAGAAUGUGAAAUAGUUUUGUGAUCUUUUGAACAUGGUAGAUGAAGGAUGAACGACUAGAGCUCUGCACGUUGUGCCUUUUCUUUUCGUUUCUUCACUGUUCUUCUUUUAUUUUGAGAGGCUAGUGAGAUAUAAGCAGCUAUUUUUUUCAGAUGAAUCUUGUCUUUAAAACUUUAUUAAUCACAAUAGAUUUGUUGGUUUUCACUGGAAACACCAAAGCACUUUGUCUCUGGGGCGAUUUGCUCAGUGCCUCGCAGAAAUGCUUGAAGCAUCUCCCUCCACCUCAGUAUAUGUAGACAAGUGUUCUCGUACGUCAUACAUUUACUGACGAUUAACUUGAAUUUUUUAAACUCGACAGAUUUUUUUCCUGAAGGUUGAAACAUGGUGCAGGACUUUAUUUGCACUCUACACUUUGUGAUUGUAGUUUAUGACGAACACUGGAACCACUAACUCAGACUCUGUGAACAUCUGGUUACUGCUGCUCAUUUACAGUUGAUCUGAACUGGAAGGAAGCGCUGUGACUUUAUUACCUACUGACAGAACAGAGCCUCCGUUAGCACAUGUACCAAGUCUACAUCUAACUCCACCCACUGACGCCUCUCUGGGGCCACAGACCAGAGUCUACACGUUCUUUCUUCUGAUCUCUAUGGGUUCUGGUCUUCUUCGCUGCACAUUUGGCUCGACAGGGUGAACAUUAGUGUCUGUGUUGGUUUGAAUCAUGUAAGGGUGUUUUGGAUUGUAGCACUCUGUACCUCACCAGGUCUGAGACAAACUUAAAGAUUUGUAGUUCUCAGUUCUAAGUUUGCACUACAAAUAAACAAGAUCUUAAGGAAA